UGGGUGCGGGGGGCGGGCAGAGAGAGCCCCCUCCCCGCCCUCACUCCCCCUGAGGAGGUGGGGGUGCAAAAGGAAGAACCUGACAGGAACUCCCUGCCCCGAGUUCUCUCGGAGCCUGCAGCAGAUGGAGCCAGGAGCACGGAGCGAGCGCAGCGGCGGGCGGCGCAGGCAGCUGUGAGAGGCGCGGCGAGGCGAGCAGCGGCGAGCCCAGCGCGACGGCGGCAGCGCCAGCGGAGGCGCGGCGAAACUUUUCGCUCGCUCUCCUGCCACGCCGCGGGGGAGGCGCGCCUUCGCGGGCGCCGGGGCAGCGGAGCGGGCUGGAGGCGGAGAGCAUGCGGGGCGCAGCGGCGCUGGACAUGAGCGAGGCGCGGCGGGCCACGGCCACGGAGCGGGGGGCGGCCACGGCCGCCUCUUCCUCGCCGCUGGAGGGUCCCGAGAAGAAGCGCAAAGUCAAGAAGGGCAAAGGUGGUGCCGGCAGGAGAGGCUCCCCUCGGGACGACAGCGGGCCAGCUGUGCCACCUAAAUUGAAAGAGAUGAAAAGCCAGGAAUCUGCUGUGGGUCAGACACUAGUUCUCAGAUGCGAAGCAAGUUCUGAGCACUCCUCUCUCAAAUUCAAAUGGUUAAAGAAUGGAAAAGAAAUAACAAAAAGAAACAGACCGGAAAAUAUCAAGAUCAAGAGCCCCAAAAAACAAAAGACAUUCUCAGAACUUCGCAUUUCUAGAGCUUCAUUGACUGAUGCUGGGGAGUAUACAUGUAAAGCGAGCAACAGGUUUGGAAACAACAGCACCAAAGCUCAGAUAAUCAUUACAGACAUCAAUGAAUCCACAGGCAUGAUACCAGUUUUGACAAAAGGAGCAAAUACAUUCUCACAACUUGUAGACAAGAUUCCAGCUUCAACUGAAGGAAUGAAUACAUCCUCCUACACAUCUACAUCUACUACUGGGACAAGUCAUCUCACACGAUGUGAUGUAAAUAAGAAAGGCUACUGUGUAAAUGGAGGCGAGUGUUUCAUGGUCAAAGAUCUCCCAAAUCCAAGAUAUUUAUGCAAGUGCCCAAAUGAGUUUACUGGUGAUCGCUGUCAAAACUACGUAAUGGCCAGCUUCUACAAGCAUCUUGGGAUUGAAUUUAUGGAAACGGAGGAACUCUACCAGAAAAGAGUGCUGACCAUAACCGGCAUCUGCAUUGCUCUCCUUGUAGUUGGCAUCAUGUGUGUUGUGGCCUACUGCAAAACCAAGAAGCAACGGAAAAAGUUGCACGACCGCCUUCGGCAAGGCCUUCGGUCUGAACGCAACCAUAGAGUCAACAUGGCAAAUGGACCUCACCAUUCUCACCCACCACCAGAAAAUGUCCAGUUGGUGAAUCAAUAUGUUUCUAAAAAUGUAAUAUCCAGUGAGCAUGCUGUUGAAAGAGAAACGGAGACUUCGUUCUCUACAAGCCACUACACCUCAACGACCCACCACUCCACCACGGUCACCCAGACACCUAGCCACAGUUGGAGUAAUGGUCGGACUGAAAGUAUCAUCUCUGAAAGCCAUUCGGCAAUUGUGAGCUCCUCAGUGGAGAACAGCCGGCAUGCGAGCCCAUCAGGCCCCCGAGGGCGCCUAAACGGCAUUGGAGGGCCACGAGAAUACAGCAGCUUCCUCAGGCAUGCACGAGAGACACCUGACUCCUAUCGUGAUUCGCCACACAGUGAAAGGUACGUAUCUGCUAUGACCACACCAGCUCGCAUGUCACCCGUAGAUUUCCACACUCCGAGUUCUCCAAAGUCACCUGCUUCAGAAAUGUCUCCACAAGUCUCCAGCUUAACCAUGUCUGUCCCUUCUGUGGCAGUCAGUCCAUUUAUAGAAGAGGAGAGGCCUCUCCUUCUGGUGACACCACCCCGGUUACGGGAAAAAUACGAGCAUCACAUGCAGCAGUUCAACUCCUCUUACCAUCACAAUCCCACCCAUGAAAGCAACAGUCUACCACCAAGUCCCCUGAGGAUAGUAGAGGAUGAGGAAUAUGAAACCACACAAGAAUACGAACCAACACAGGAGCCCCCAAAGAAACUAGUCAACAGUCGGAGGGCAAAAAGAACAAAGCCCAAUGGCCACAUUUCCAAUAGAUUGGAAAUGGACACUGACACAAGCUGUGAGAACAGUAGCUCAGAGAGUGAAACAGAAGAUGAAAGGAUAGGUGAAGAUACACCUUUUCUGAGCAUACAAAAUCCCAUGGCAGCCGACCUAGAAUCAGCUACUGCAUAUCGGCUGGCUGACACCAGGACUAACCAAACCAGCCGGUUCUCAACACAGGAAGAAUUGCAAGCAAGAUUGUCCAGUGUCAUAGCUAAUCAAGAUCCCAUCGCUGUAUAAAAAACACUUUAAAAACACACAUAGAUUCACAUGUAAAACUUUAUUUUAUAUAAUGAAGUACUCCACCUUUAAAUUAAAACUAUUUUAUUUUAGCAGUUCUGCUAUUAGGAUUUAAAAAUACACAGGAAAAAACUUUUAUAAAUUAAAUAUAUAAUGUAUAUACAAAAGUGUUAUGUGCCAUAUGUAGCAAUUUUUUUACAGUAUUUCAAAAAUGAGAACGAUAUCAAUGGUGCCUUUAUGUUAUCUUAUGUUGAGAGCAAGUUUUGUAAAAGUUACAAGUGAUUACUGUUCCACAGUAUUUUGCAGAAGUCUCUAACAUUCUGGUUUAUUUCCCCUUAACCUCCCCGGCCACCUUCCAUUCCUGCCUCUUUUUCUUUUUGUGUACUGCAUUAAUGGUGACUGACUGUACAGUUUGCAAAAAUUGCAACAGUCCCUGUGUUUGCUUGCUGUAGCCCCUGAUCAGAAGAGCCCUGUAUUGGCACAUCUACCUAAAGAAUCAUAAUCAUUUCUUCUAGAAGAGGUUUUUAAUCUGCUUAACCCUAUAUGUGUUGCUCUCUGUCAGAAUUAAGGUUUGAUUUAAGAGCCUUGAGGAGAUGGCAGCUCCAACAGCAUGCCGUUAUUUACAACAGGACAAUACAUACAUAAAAUGUAAACCUAUAUUAAAUAUUUGACAGAAAUACUGUGAUUUUAAGUUUAAUAUAAUCAGUCGAGCAUCUGCUUGAACCUAAAUAGGAACAAUCUCUCACACACAGACACGUUCUUAGUUUUUGUGAUGGUGUUUCUUAGAAGUAUAGGAGUGCUUGCAGUAGGACACAAUCCUAACGCAACUUCUUCCGUGCAAGCACCUUUGCAAUGAAUGGGAUCUAAACAAGAGCAUCACAAUCCUUUGUCCAGCUUCCAAUCAUUUUAGUGUGGCUUGUGCAAAAUUAUUUCCUACGGGACUGCAUCCAGGCUAAGUUAGCUGCAGUUCCUGAAUAAACUAUUAGAGCAAGUAUUUGUAACCACACAAGAAAAUGAUAAUGGUGGGAAAAAUUAACAUGUCUCAGAUAAAAUCACAGUCAGUUUUGAACCUACAUUUCUUUUUUCUUUUUUUUUCAA